AAAAAUUUUAAGGUAUAAUAUGAAAUAUAAUACAAUGAAAAAUUAAACUAAAUAGGGCAAGAAAACAAAAUUUAAGAUUUGGGCGCUCGAACUCAACACGGAAUUAAAAGCGAACGAGACCUUGUGUCGGCGCACGUGUGGACGGAGGGGUCGUGCUCACCCUAUUAUCAUUUGUUAUUACUUCUGAAUCCUCAUAAUCUUCACUAUUAUAUCCUAAUCCUUGAAGGUCAGAAUGGGAAAGAUUAAACGUCUGCAGAAUGCUGGUGGCAAAGUGCCUCGGCCAGGCCCUCUAGCAGAGCAAAUUGAAAAAUCUGAAUAUGCACAACCCUCUGCAAGGAAGAAAGUUCGCAGCCAACGCUCUGAUGGUGACGAUGAAUUUGUAGAAGGCCAGAUGGGGCGUAGCAUCUUGAAACAGAGUCAGGCUCAAUUGCAGGAGGUUCUUUUUGAAGACAUGGAGAAGGACUUCCCACCUCUUGGGCAGCCGGUUGAGAAAUAUGAGAGACAACCUCAGAAGGUGUCUCUCAGCCGAAAAUCCAAAGAUGCCAUUGAUGACGAGGAAAGCAGUGACGAUGAGAAAGAGGUUAAUGAGAUGGAUAACCCUGUACCUUGCAAUGUAGACAAAGUUGUAAACGAUUUUGAGAAGGAAUUGGAUUUAGCCGAAGAUGACAUGAAAAUUCUGGAACACUUCAUGAACAAAGAUGCACAACCCCAGAGAAAACUAGCAGACAUGUUCCGUGAUAAAAUCACGGAAAAGCAGACAGACAUCCAAUCACAAGUGAAUGCUAGCA